AUGGAUUCACCAUCAUCAAAACAUCUGUAUUUUAUUUCAGAAAGCAACAGUCAGCAACCAAACACCUCCUUCUCCUUUCUAAAUCGUGAACCUAGUAUAGAAGUCACCUCCUCGGAUGCAAAAUGGGCUGAAGAUGAUACUGAAGAUGAACACACCGUGUCUGACCGUAAAGAAAGACGGAAAUGGUCUCCAACUGAAGAUAUUGCGCUCAUCAGUGCUUGGCUUAACACCUCCAAAGAUCCGGUGGUGGGAAUGAGCAGAAAGCAAUCGUGUUUUGGAAACGGAUUACAGGCUAUUUUGCAUCCUGUCCAAAGGUUGCUGGUUUGCAAAAGAGAGGGGCAACACAAUGUAAACAAAGCUAGGAAAAAGAAAUCCAGUGGGCAGAGUGAGGAUGAUGUAUUAAAAAUGGCUCAUGAAAUAUUCUUCAAGGUCAAGUUUACCCUCGAGCAUGCUUGGUUAGAACUUCGCCAUGAUCAGAAAUGGUGUGGUGCUUCAGAGACUAAAGACAAGGUAAGCUCAAAAAGAAGAAAAUUGAAUGAUCAGUCCCAACAGUCAGCGUCUUCUGUGCCAGGGUGCGAUGGUGAGGAUGAAGCAUCGGCUCGGCCCAUUGGUGUCAAAGCAGCAAAGGGCAAAGGUAAAAGCAAGGCAAAGACUUCGGACAAGGCAGUGGAGUUUCAGGGCAUCUGGGAGAUAAAGCAAAGGGAUUUUGAGUUAAAGGAGAAGCUUAACAAGCAAAAGUUGCUUGAUAGCCUCAUUGCCAAGACAGAGCUUCUAGAUGAACUAGAAAUCUCUUUGAAAAACAAACUAAUAACUGACAUGUUGUUAAGUUAG